AUGUUGCGGACCUCCGUGGCUUUUGUUAAGUUGUCUCAGUUAUUUGGUAGAAGUGGAAGGUCGAUAUCAACCUCUCAAUGCCUCCUUGGCAACAAAAUGACUGUUCGUGAAGCCAUCAACAGCGCUUUAAAGGAAGAACUUGAGCGAGAUAAGAGUGUGUUCAUUUUGGGAGAGGAGGUUGCUCAAUAUGACGGAGCAUAUAAAGUGACAAAAAACUUGUGGAAAGCGUUUGGUGACGAUCGUGUCAUUGACACGCCCAUUGCUGAAAUGGGAUUUGCUGGCAUUGCGGUCGGUGCGGCCAUGGCUGGCUCAAGACCUGUUUGCGAGUUUAUGACCUUUAACUUUGCCAUGCAGGCAAUUGAUCAAAUAAUUAACUCAGCUGCGAAGACCCACUAUAUGUCUAACGGGCGGGUCAAUGUUCCAAUUUUAUUCCGCGGAGCUAAUGGCGCAUCGGCUGGCGUAGCUGCACAACAUAGUCAGGAUUACGCACCUUGGUAUGCUAAUUGUCCUGGCCUCAAAGUCCUCGCGCCAUACAGUACUGAAGACGCCAGAGGUCUUACUAAGGCAGGCAUUCGCGACAACGACCCAGUUGUUUCGUUGGAGAAUGAAGUAAUGUAUGGUGUCACCAUGGACACCCCAGACGAGGCAAUGUCUCCCGAUUUCGUAAUUCCGAUCGGCAAGGCUAAGAUUGAAAGAGAAGGGACCGACGUGACUCUUGUCUCUUACUCAAUUAGUGUCGGUGACUGCCUUGAAGCUGCUGAUUUGCUGGCCAAGGAGGGGAUCAGUUGUGAGGUGAUUAAUUUGCGAAGCCUUCGCCCAAUUGACGAUGCUUGCAUUUUCAAAUCAGUCAAAAAAACCCACCACCUUGUCACGGUUGACCGUGCGUGGCCUUCCUGUGGUAUUGGAGCUGAAAUCUGUGCCAGGGUUAUGGAGAGUGACACCUUCCACUACCUGGAUGCUCCAGUGUAUCGUGUGACUGGUGCUGACGUUCCUAUGCCUUACGCUGCAAAUCUUGAAAGUGCCUGCCUAUCCAAUGCCUCGAAUGUCGUCACUACGGUCAAGAAGCUACUUAACCGCAAGUAG